AUGUUCUUCAAAUUGAAGACCCUUGAUGAUGUGGUGAGAUAUUACCAAAAUACAUAUUCAAUGUUAUCUCCGGCUAACGAUCAGCUUUUAUUGAGGUGA